AUGGCGGCCAAGGCGCUUGGCCUAGUCCUCCUGGGCACUUGGGCCAUCGCAGCCCAGGGCCAGUGCGACUGCAGCCCAUGCCAAGACUACCCGGAAGAUGACUUUUCGCACCCUUGCUUCGACGACUGCGUUGUUACCGGUGACCCGCACGUGGAGAAGAGCUGGCGUCCAGGAUACGAGGACGGCUUCGACUUCCAGCCGCAAGGUAUCUGGCGCCUGGCCAAGACGGACACCUGCGGUGGCACUGUGGAGGUCCAGGCCUUCUUCUGCCACUACUUCUUCAGCCGAAUGAGCAGCGCCAUUGCGUACGCCAUCAGCAUCAACGGCGGCGACAAGUACAUCAUCAAGAAGGUCGGGGAAGAGUUCCAGGUGGGCAGCCCAAAUGUGCAGACCAUGAACUACAGCUUCGACGUGACCAAAGACCCUGUGGCUGGGAAGCUCCUGGUCAGCAACGACAAGUGCGUGCGCAUCAAGAUGAACACCGUGAACCUCUACGGUGGAACGAGGACACGAUUCCUUGAGGACCCUUACCUCAACAACAUCUUUAUGCACGUCUGGGGCUGCGCCACAAAGAAGGAGGAAGGCGGAGGCAUCUGCGGUGCUCCGAAGCUGUCGAAGGAGUGGAUCGAUCCCGAGAGCGAUGAGAACCUCUUCAAGACACCCGAACAGCCUGGGCUGUGGAAGGAUCUCUGCGAGUUCUGUCAGGACAAAGGUGAGGCCAUCACGCCCCCGGGCUGCCCAGCGCCACAGGGCGCGCCUGGCGGUGGCAGCGAGCCUGGCUGCGAGUUCCUGAGGCCGUACGGCAGCAAGCGGGACAGGGAGUGCGCCAUACAGCCGAACCCAACCGGUGACCCGAAGAUCGAGGCCAACAACGCCCGUAUCCGCGAGCUGCAGGGUGAGGGCCGCGAGAACUGCGUGGCUUUUGCUCUUCUGAACAAUGGCCCGAAGUUUCCCGGCAGGAGUUGCAGAGACUGGUGCCAGGACCGCGGCGCUGAGUGCGUGGCUGUCCGGGACGAUGUCGGAGGAGGGAGGUUCCCCAGCAGUGAGAACACAUGCUACCUCACGGAUGCCGACCAUCCCAAAAACUUCGUUUCGGGUACAAACACGCCCAAGACCUGUGACACCGUCAGCAGAGACACUCACUGCGUCUGCAAGAAGCCCGACAACCCGGCGCCGGGUGAGCCCGUGGAAAGGACGUGCGCGGAAGCCCGAGACGCCGCCGGCUUCCCCUUCUCGUACCUGGACUCCGCGGACCUCUGCAGAAGAGAGGCGAUGUGGCUGCAGCGCGUGAUCUACCCACCGAACACCGCACAGGCCACGCACGAACAGCGUCUGCUGCUGUACUGCGUCCAGGACGUGUGCGCUACAGACCCAGAAGACAGAGCAGAGGUGGCCCGCAGCUAUGGGGAUCGGGACCCUAACCUCAACAACAAACCCAUCAUCUGCAACGGCCCCUUGCUGUGCAACGUCAUCUGCUCUACCCAGCUCAUCCAGGAUUGGGGCGACUGCGUGAACCGCUGCGAAGGCCAUCGAUCCAUGUUGCUCCCCGUGGUCUCGCGCUAUUGCAAGAAGGGGCUCUGCCCCACACUUCUGGAGGAGGUGGAGACCGUCGGCCUCCUGCAGCGCCGAUCCAACCACUCACACAGCACCCUUGUCACCAGCUCCCGCCGGUACUCCGACGGCAGGAGGCGCCGGCACAUGCGGCACAGGUGUCAAAACGAAGAGAUGGAUAAGUUAUAA